GGCGGCGGCGGUGGUCGGUGCGGGAGGAGGGAGGGGAGCUCGCGGGCCGGAGAGGGGGCGACGGCGGCGGCGGGGGCCCGACGAGGCCCGAACGGCGGCAGCGGCGGCUGAGGCCGAGGCGGAGCCUGGAGAGGUGUGGCUGGACCAAGACCUCCCCCCAUGUGAGCAGGUUUCCUCCUCCCCCCACCGCCCGUUGCCACCACGCCAGGGAACGUCCUCAAGCCCUGGCCCUCAGGGGAGAGGUAACAGGAGCUCUGAGCCGAGACCAUGUGACGGCGCUGGCCCUCGCCACCGCCGUCCCCCCCACCCUGGCCCCAGGCCCGGCACCAUGAUGUUCCGCGACCAGGUGGGCAUCCUCGCUGGCUGGUUCAAGGGCUGGAAUGAGUGUGAGCAGACGGUGGCCCUGCUGUCACUUCUGAAGCGGGUCACUCGCACCCAGGCCCGGUUCCUGCAGCUCUGCCUGGAGCACUCACUGGCGGACUGCAAUGACAUCCACCUGCUAGAGUCGGAGGCCAACAGUGCUGCCAUCGUCAGCCAGUGGCAGCAGGAGUCCAAAGAGAAGGUGGUAUCCCUCCUGCUGUCCCACCUGCCCCUGCUUCAGCCAGGCAACACGGAGGCCAAGUCGGAGUACAUGAGACUGCUGCAGAAAGUGCUGGCCUACUCGAUCGAGAGCAAUGCCUUCAUCGAGGAGAGCCGCCAGCUGCUCUCUUACGCCCUCAUCCACCCGGCCACCACACUGGAGGACCGCAAUGCACUGGCCCUCUGGCUGAGCCACCUGGAAGAGCGGCUGGCCAGCGGCUUCCGCACCCGGCCUGAGCCUACCUACCACUCACGCCAAGGCUCAGAUGAAUGGGGGGGCCCUGCAGAGCUGGGCCCUGGGGAGGCAGGGCCAGGCUGGCAGGACAAACCACCCCGGGAAAAUGGACACGUGCCCUUCCACCCAUCCAGCUCAGUGCCGCCAGCCAUCAACAGUAUUGGGAGCAAUGCAAACACAGGUCUCCCCUGCCAAAUUCACCCCAGCCCGCUGAAGCGCUCCAUGUCUCUCAUCCCCACGAGCCCCCAGGCCCCUGGUGAGUGGCCGAGUCCGGAGGAGCUCGGGGCCCGGGCUGCUUUCACCACGCCCGACCACGCACCCCUCUCACCCCAGAGCAGCGUGGCCUCCUCUGGCAGUGAGCAGACGGAGGAGCAGGGCUCCAGCCGGAACACCUUCCAGGAGGACGGCAGUGGCAUGAAAGAUGUACCCUCAUGGCUCAAGAGCCUCCGCUUGCACAAGUACGCAGCCCUCUUCUCACAGAUGAGCUACGAGGAGAUGAUGACACUGACUGAGCAGCACCUGGAGUCUCAGAAUGUCACCAAAGGUGCCCGCCACAAGAUAGCCCUCAGCAUCCAGAAGCUGCGUGAGAGGCAGAGCGUCCUCAAGUCCCUGGAGAAGGAUGUGCUGGAAGGAGGGAAUCUGCGAAACGCUCUGCAGGAGCUGCAGCAGAUAAUUAUCACCCCCAUCAAGGCCUACAGUGUCCUCCAAGCCACCGUGGCUGCUGCCGCUGCCGCCACCCCUACUGCCAAGGAUGGGAGCCGGGGGGAGCCACCACUGCCAGGUGCUGAGCCUCCCCUGGCUCACCCCGGCACAGACAAGGGCACUGAGACCAAGGACCCUCCAGCUGCAGAGAGCUACCCCCCUCCACCAGCUCCAGCUCCCACUGAUGGCAGUGAGCCAGCCCCGGCUCCCGUCGCCGACGGAGACAUCCCCAGCCAGUUUACACGGGUGAUGGGCAAAGUGUGCACCCAGCUGCUGGUGUCCCGACCAGACGAGGAGAACAUCACCAGUUACCUCCAGCUCAUUGAAAAGUGCCUGACUCAUGAGGCGUUCACGGAGACGCAGAAGAAACGGCUGCUGUCCUGGAAACAGCAAGUGCUGAAGCUCCUGCGGACCUUCCCGCGCAAAGCCGCACUAGAGAUGCAGAGCUACCGGCAGCAGAAAGGCUGGGCGUUCGGCUCCAACUCGCUUCCCAUAGCUGGCUCUGUGGGGAUGGGGGUAGCCCGGCGGACCCAGCGGCAGUUCCCCAUGCCUCCCCGGGCCCUCCCGCCCGGCAGGAUGGGCCUUCUGAGCCCUUCGGGCAUUGGGGGCAUCUCCCCGCGACAUGCCCUCACUAGCCCCAGUCUUGGGGGCCAGGGCCGACAGAACCUGUGGUUUGCCAACCCCGGAGGCAGCAACAGCAUGCCCAGCCAGAGCCGCAGCUCUGUGCAGCGCACCCACUCCCUCCCGGUCCAUUCGUCGCCCCAGGCCAUUCUCAUGUUCCCUCCAGACUGCCCGGUCCCUGGGCCUGACCUGGAGAUCAAUCCCACUCUGGAGUCUCUAUGUCUGAGCAUGACAGAACACGCCUUGGGUGAUGGGACAGACAAAACCUCCACCAUCUGACGGGACCCACAGCCCAGCGCACCCAUAGGCUCCCUGGGCGGCGGGCGGGGGCCAACCCCCAACGGGCUUCUCCGCGACAGCGAGAGGGUGGGCUGGCUCAGCUAUACAUUCUAGUAUUUUUCUACUCUCUCACCCUUUUAACUUUUGUUUAACAUUGGCACACGCCUUGCUCACUCCCAGGCCCGUCAAGGGGUCUCUGCUGAGGCUCAGGGAGGUAGGGGGCAGCCAGGAUAAAGGGGCAGGGACUGGCCAGCCCGACUGCCCCUGCUUCCCUCCCUCGUUCCCCCACCCGGCCCCGUCCCACCCCUGCCUCCUCCAGACUGCCGGCCCCCUGCCCCUCCCAGGGGAGCAGCUCCCCCCUAUCUUGUGGGGCCUGCUCAGAACCAUCUGACAUUUGUGGAGAGAGAAGUGGGGUACAUAACCUGCUCUCCUGGAUGUUAUUUGGGAGGGGCUGAGGUGAAGGUGGUGGAUGAGUGGAGGAGCCUCUUUUCCUCUCCUCUCCACCUUCUUCCCCAUUCUCGUCAUUCGCAAGGACAGGAGCCACCCUCCUUUCCCUCACUUCCUUUUGCCCUGUUUAUCAGAGGUUCUCUACAAUUAAUUUCUUAGGCCUAUUUAAGAUGCAUAUUUAUAUAGUUCUUAACGGUUUUUCUCUCUGAUCAUUCCCUCUCAUUUUUAGAAUCCCCAGGCCUCUGAGCCAAGAAAGUGGCAGGGGGAGCCUGAAUUUUACAAGGGGAGAGGGCAGAGCCCCCUCCUCCAGACCCCCUAGCCCUUCCCCACUUCCCCCCAGCCCGGGCUCCCCAGAUGCAGUGGUUGAAGGCCGGGAGCCAGGGCAGCGAGUGAGGUCAGGAAGUCUGUUGCCUUAACAUCCCCUUCCCGCAACCAACACACCCUUGUCCACUCCCGGGUCUGGUUGCUAAAGACUUGGGGGUAAGGAAUAAGGGAAAGGGGAUUGUUUGGUUUUUGGUUUCUUUCCCCACCCCGCUUUUUCUUUCAUCCUUCCCCUACCCCCCAUUCUGUCAUGACCUCACUUAAGUGGAACACUAUAUCAUAACCCAGAGAUUUGUCCCAGCCGUGGAAUCAUACAAACCCUCUGGUCUCUGUUCCUGCUGAGGGGUUGUGCUGGGGCCCAGGUGGAGGGAGGGGAUUUGGGGGUUCAGGCUGUGGGGAAGCCAGGGUCCCCUAUUCCAACCCCCUCUUCCUACUCAACCCACCCCACCCCCCUCACUGGGACAUUCUCAAGCUUUUCACACCGAAAAGGAAAAAAAAAAUGUUAUUUUUAGAUACAUUUUAUGAAUAACUUUUGUUAUGAAUAUGGCUGGUAACCAUUGUGUAUGUUAUUAAAGAUACAAAAUGUUGGGAAAAAACAAAAAACCAAAAAAAAAAAAAUUUUAAAACCACCGCCCUCCCUGCACUCUCACCCCAUUCCCCAGACCUUCUUGCCUCUGCCCUCCUGGUCUGGCCCUCCCUCAGCUCUGAGCCCAGGGAGGGGGAGGAAGCCAGGGGGGAGGGUGGCCCUGGGGAUCUGCUAAGGUCCCCACCUCCUCUCCCAGUGCCGGGCUGGGUGGGGUGUCAGGUUUAUUUAUGUACCUCUUGCACACUCAUCAACCUAUGCAAGUCCCCACCCCGGCCCCGCCAUGUUUCUGUGCCUUUGCUCAUUCCCCUCAAGCUCCCAGGGCUUCUCCAGUCCCCCUCCCAAUAGCCCCGGGAAGUGGGAUGGACAGGGGCCACCUCGUUUGGAAUCAGCAGGGUGUCCCUCUUACAGGACCCUCACCGCCUCCCAGCCAAGUCCUGUCUUCUUUGCUACCCAUCAGGGUGCGCAGGCUCUGCCUGGCACUGGGAGGUGGUGAGGGACACCCCCCCACACACCCAGCGGGAGGCAAGAGCUGCCCCCCCCCCCCCACACCUGACAGCAGAGUGUGCAGGACGCAGGCGGCCCCACUCUGACGGGCAGGACCCUGACCCUCUUCUGCUCCAGCCCCUCCCCAGGCCCCUACGCCCCCCCCCCCAACCCCACCACCAUGAUUUCACCCUCCCUCCUAUCCCCAGCCCCACUGGCAGAAUCAGCUUUGAGUAACUGUACAGUUUUUCUCGCUGUUGGAGAAGACUUACUUGUUGGAGUUUCACUUGUUUAAUGGUCUGGGCUUAUUUUGGAAAAAAAAAAAAAAAAAAAACAAGAAACAAAA